AUAAAAUGUAAUACAUAUGUGUACAAUGAACACUUGGUAGGAGAAAAAACCAUAAGAGUUGAGAAAGAUGGGGAGAGAAUUAGAGCCAAUAGACAUAUUUAGCUUGUUUCAUUCUAAGCAUUUGUGUAUGAAUCUCUGUGUGUGUGUGUGUGUAAGAAGCAGUUUACAUUGUUAUUUUCUUGCAUCUGAGUUUUUAUUGCAAAGUUAUAUAAAACAAAUAAUAAAAAUGCAGGCUGUGAAGGAAAAAAUACAAGAUAUGAAUGUCAUGCGCAAGGUGAAAGCAGAGGCAAAGGCUGAAGAGCAGGUAGUGAAGGACAUUGCAAAAGCAAGAAUGGAAGUAGCUCAUGAAGUUAGGUUGGCCAAAGAGGCUGAAGCUGCAAUGGAGUUGCAUGCUGCCAAAGCUCAACAGAAGGCUCAACAAGAAUUGGCUAAACACCCACCAAACCAGUCUCACGCAGCUCCUCCCACCAUCAAUUCCAUCGACGAUCCCUCUUACACUUAGAUAGGUUCUGUGUAUUAUAUGAAGUAUCACCAGGAAAAUGUAUUACUC